AUGAACGUUGGGGCACGGGCGCACAAGUACAUCAUCGCAUUUCUUAGGGACCGGACUGCCACCUUCAGCAUCGGAGGCAUCAACAGCCCCCUGCUCAGUCUUGGCGCUAGAGGCGCCGAGAAGUUCAAGCCAUGCAUCGAAAACAACGUGCUGCUCUCACCGUAUCCAAAAGUCAACGUGCCGGUCUGCUCGGUCUACACGGUGGUCAAGGCAUUCUUAAGUUCGGCUGGAUCUAAGCUUGCAGCGGUGGACUACCACCGGAGCUACACGCGCCAGGAGCUACUACGUGCUAUCGAACGCUACGCGGCCGGCUUCCAGUCGCUGGGCGUGCGUAAGGGACACCACGUGUGCAUACACUUGCGCACUUCGGUCGACGCAUUCGUCGUCGUGUUUGCACUCGUAUUUGCCGGUGCCACCGUCGUCCUCUGCAAUACCUCACUGAAGCACCGUGAGCUGGUGGUGCGGAUGACCGACGCUGAUGCGACGCACGUAGUCACUGACACUCCCAACGCUGAGAAGAUGGGCAAAGUGUGCGACCAGAUCAGCCUGAGCGACGAGAACCGCUUCGUGCUGGGUGAGGCAGCCGGCUUCAUCUCCAUCCUCGGCUUCGAGCACUUGGAGGACAAGGACUUUCGCGAGGUGGCCGUGCUCGAUCCCCGCAACACGCUGGCCGCCAUCGCGUUCAGCUCGGGCACCGGCGGACACGUCAAGGGCGUCGAGAUCACCCACUAUUCCUACGUCGCUAACAUGGUGCAGAACAAGAGCACCAUAGCGUCGGACGAGACGGACGUGCUGCUGGCGUGGAACCCAAUCACACACACGUGCGGCUUCCUGUUCACUAUGCUGGCAGUCUGCGUCGGAUCCACGUGCGUCAUCGUAUCGCCCGCUCUCACUUACAACCAGUUCAUCGACGUGUGCAACAAAUAUCAGGUUGCGUCUUUUUCGUCUGAAUGCAUGAGUAAAUUCACGCUAAAUUUUGGAUUAUCGCCGGCGACCGCUGUUUUGGUCUCGUCGCUGUUCGGCUUCCCAUCUCGAAUCCACCGCAUCAUGCACGAAAUGCAGCGCUCGCGCGUGCGGCUCGAGAGCGUACGCAAACUGUGCCUCGCCGGCUGCGCGGUCACCGAGCCGCUGAUGCGCGAGGCGCUCGCAGUGUUCCCCAACCUGCGCAACUUCCGAAACUUCUACGGUGUCGCCGAAUGCUGCGGACUCCUGGCUGCGCCAGGCGUGGAGGAGAUCGAUUACUCGGACGUCGGCUUCCCUACGCCCAACACCGAGCUCAAGUUCCUCUGCCUGAAAAGCGGGCGCCCAGUGGGGUCAAACGAGCAAGGCGAAGUUGUCUUCCGCACUCCUUCCAUGACGCGUGGCUACUACAAGAGGCCACACGAGACCGCCGAGCUCCUGGACGCCAACAGCUGGUGCCACACGGGCGACGUUGCGUUCUACGACGAAUCCGGUCGCGUGCACAUCGUGGAACGGCUGAAGGAGAUGAUCAAAUGCAUGGACAACCAAGUGGCACCCGCCGAGCUGGAAGACCUGAUCAUGAGCCGUUGUCCGGCGGUUGCCGAGGUGGGAAUCGUCGGGCUGCCCCACCCUGACUACGGAGAGGUGCCCACGGCGUUUGUCACGCUCAAACCAGGGCAGGAGAUAUCCGAGAAGGAAAUCAAGAAUAUCGUAGCCGAAAACUUGGCUACGUACAAGCAGCUGCUGGGAGGCGUGUACUUCCCUGCCUCGCUCCCGCGCACAGAAACGGGCCAGCUGUUACGCUCGGCGCUGCGGAAGGACCCAAAUUACAGGUUGCCCUGUGAGCAUGCGGCUGCCUCCUGACCUGCUCGAACCAGCGACCUUCCCGGAGCAGCCGCCAUCCUUACACGGACUUAUUUGAAGC